GCAAGAAACACCAAAGGGCAGCUAAACACCACACUGACCACUCUCCAUCUCCUUCUCCCACCUUUCUCCUUCAACACAAAUCCUCUCCCCCCCUCUCCUGCUGGCUAAAGAGAGAGGGAGAACGACAUGCAUAUCCAAGAAGUGCAGGCUACACCAUCCACGGACAUCAUGCAGUGGGGUUUCUCCGGGCAGACUACCUUGACUUCAACGACAGGUCUCAAGCUGAAGGAGCCGGCGGUGUCGUCUCCGGGCUCAGGCUCGGUCGGAGCUGCUGCUGCUGCAGAGAAGAACGGGAGGGGCAAGAUUGAGAUCAAGCGCAUCGAGAACACGACCAACCGUCAGGUCACCUUCUGCAAGCGCCGCAAUGGCCUCCUCAAGAAGGCGUACGAGCUCUCCGUGCUCUGCGACGCCGAGGUCGCCCUCAUUGUCUUCUCCAGCCGCGGCCGCCUCUACGAGUACUCCAACAACAGCGUGAAGGCAACCAUUGAGAGGUACAAGAAGGCAACCAGUGACAACUCCAGCGCAGCUGGUACGGUUGCAGAGGUCACUAUCCAGCACUACAAGCAGGAAUCUGAUAGGCUGAGGCAGCAGAUCACCAACUUGCAGAACUCCAACAGGACCCUGGUAGGUGAUUCAAUUGCAACCAUGAGCCACAAGGACCUUAAGCAGCUAGAGGCUAGGUUGGACAAAGGCCUGGUAAAGAUUAGAGCAAGAAAGAAUGAGGUGCUAUCUUCUGAACUCGAGUAUAUGCAGAGGAGGGAAAUGGAGUUGCAGAAUGAUAACUUGUACUUAAGGAGCAGGGUUGAGGAGAAUGAGAGGGCACAGCAGACAGUGAACAUGAUGGGGGCGCCGUCGACGAGUGAGGACCAGCAAGGUUUCAUUCCUUAUGACCCAAUAAGAAGCUUCCUGCAGUUCAACAUCAUGCAGCAGCAGCCUCAAUUUUACUCCCAGCAGGAGGACCGGAAAGACUUCAACCUAGGUGGAAGAUAAAUGGACCAAUAAUGGACGGAAAUCCAGUUAUCUGUGUGGUGUGCCUGCAAGUGAGGAGCUGGAGCUAUAUAUAUUACUGUCGAAUUAUAUUAAAAAAAGAUGACAACUACUGCUUAAUGUGUAUGCAUGCACAAUUAGAUUAAGGCUUUAAUUAGCAGCACCUACCUGUGUGAUGUAAUUAAUCUUUAUUUGCAACUCGGACACUGCACUGUUGAUGCUUCUAUAUGUAAUAUUUGUGACACGCUGUCUUA